CCUUGACACUGUCCAGCAUUAUUUUUUCGACAUCCGUCGGAGGACCGAAGGAAUCCCCAGACAUCUUGCGGGCACGCAGGAUAGUCCUUGCAUUGAGUCCGUGACGGCAGUUUGACUGCCUGAGCCACAAAGACAGUCCAUUUGAACCAUACCUUGUAGCAAAUCGGAGCAUCAGUGGAAUUCGGUUAAGCAAAUUGAGUCAUCGGGACUUAAGGUGUCGAGUAAAAAUAGCGUCCGGGAGGAACUCAGGGAAGCGGAACCGCCGUGGGCCGUGGGCAGCCUGAUUACGAUUGACUCGUCAAUAUUUUGUAGAUUGGCCUUAUAUAAAAUUUCACGCACUCAGAUACUCACAACCUUCACAACCUCCGGCCGGAACCCAAGUACUAGCUUUUCUGUUUAUCUUCUUCUUAUAACUUCUGUAGAUUAGUAUUCUCCAACCCCUCAACAACCAACCAAUCAUGGCAACUCGUAUCCAAUUCGAAAACAGUAGUGAAAUCGGCGUGUUCUCAAAACUCACCAACAGCUACUGCCUAGCUGCAAUCCAAGGCAGUGCAAAUUUCUACUCGGCCUUUGAGGCUGAACUUGGCGAUGUCAUUCCCAUCGUGCAUUCUACGAUAGGCGGCACCCGCAUCGUCGGGAGAUUGACUGCAGGAAAUAGACAUGGUCUCCUCGUCCCUUCAACGACGACUGAUCAAGAACUGCAGCAUCUACGCAACUCCCUUCCUGACGCUGUGUCGAUCCAGCGAAUCGAAGAACGUCUAUCUGCGCUGGGAAACGUUAUCGCUUGCAACGAUUACGUUGCCCUCGUCCACCCUGACGUUGAUCGCGAGACAGAGGAAAUAAUCGCUGAUGUGCUCAAGGUCGAGGUUUUUAGGCAGACCGUCGCAGAUAACGUCCUCGUUGGAAGCUAUUGUGCGAUCUCAAAUCAGGGUGGACUUGUUCAUCCAAAGACGAGUGUUCAGGACCAGGAUGAACUAAGUAGCCUUCUGCAAAUUCCCCUCGUGGCUGGUACUGUCAACAGAGGUUCAGACGUUAUAGGUGGAGGUCUUGUCGUGAACGACUGGUGCGCGUUUACUGGACUUGACACUACCGCCACAGAGAUCAGUGUCAUCGAAGCUGCAUUCAAGCUUCAAGGACAAAAUUCUUCAGCUGUCAUUGGAGAGAUGCGGGAUUCUCUUAUCGAUAACUGGGCAUGAUUUCACCGUCACACAUCCUGUUACUGUUACAUAUACCUUCACGUCUACCUUCACACACUUGAAGCGCAACCUCAGUCUACAUCAUGAACUUUGUAUCUUUACGAUCUUUACGCUCAUAGUUGACAAUGGAAAAAACAGGGAGAGGAAUUUAUACUGGAGAAUAUGUUUUUUGUUCAAGUGUAUUGUCAGUUUCGCUGUUCUGGUAAGUAACAUGACACAGCGUUACGUGACAGUCGCGUGACGAA